AUGCCGGUAACCGUCAUUGAAACCUGGGAGAAUGAUAGCCCUUCAAAAGAUGCGACAGUUAAAGUGGUGUUUUCACGAUUCGCUUUGUCGCACCCUGAGAGACUAAAACAAGACGAUUCGCCGCUUAUCCUCCACCACUUUAGCGAAAUCGAAUGA